AUGCCUAAAAAGCCGAAGAAAGACAAGAAGCCUCCAAACCUCAAGCCAGCUUUUCAUCUUUCCAAGGAGCAAAAGCUUGAGGCUGCAAAGGCAACCCGUCCGAAAAAGAAGCACGCACCAGACAGACCACAGCCAGCAUGGAUGUUUCCUCCCGACGAAGAGAACCCUGUCCUCAAUCCUGUCAUCAAACCCGAAGAGCAAAUACGCAAGGAGCAGGAAAAGCAUAAUGCCUCAAUUGACUUUCUACAGCACAAAGUGUUCAAUGCUCCAAUGAAGAAGCCUCCUCCUGGCCUGCUAAUUACUUUGGUUGGUGCGUUCUUAAGUAGUUACGGUUUUGACGGAGCUUCACGCCUCUACACCGCUCAAAUCCUUGCGAGAAACAGGUUAGACGAAUGGAAAAUUGAAAUUGGCCAGGAGCUGCCAAAAGAAUUCCCACCGCUUAUCCAAGUCUUCAAAGAAUGGCACGCAGGGUAUCAGAUAGACAACGAAGUAGAUGAGACCAGCAGUAGCGAUAGCGAUGACAGUCAUGCGACAAGACACAGGAAGGGAAAAUCAAAGGCCGCGAAAGCCACUAGGGUGACCUUGGAGGUCGAGCAACAUGCUAAGGAUGAAGCCAGUAGUAGUGAGGGAAGUGAUUCAGACAGCAGCGAUGAUGACAGCUCAGACGUAGAUACGGGAGGCCGAUCGCCAAAGGGAAAAGCUCAGAAGCCGGAAAAAGCAUCCAAGCCGCAAUCAGGUUCGUCCUCCGUCUCGAACUCGGGGUCAUCGUCGGACUCUGAUAGCGACAUGGAUGACGCGACUGAGCCAGCCGGUAUCUCACUACCAGAUAUCGGCUCUUCGAUAAAGGCUGGAACAAGUGACAAUGCUGUGACCUCGAAAGCUGGAAGCAGCGAUAACGAAUCUUCUGAUUCAAGUUCGGACUCUGAAUCAAACUCGGACUCUGAAUCUCAAGUAACUGCAGAAACGGAUUCUUAUAAGAGCCCGAUGGCUUCGAUUGAGAAAGCUAGCCAAGCCAAAGUCCAAAAAAGUGACACUUCUUCAAGCAAUGGUACCUCCUCAGACUCGGACUCGGAUUCUGAAUCCGACUCUGGUCGGCUUGUGAACUUGCCACGCCAUACCGCUGGAAGCAAAAUAGAAAGCAAUUUAGCAACCGAGAAGCAACCGAGGGUGGGCUCAGACUCCAGCGAGACGCUUCAAGCAUCGUCAGCACGAAAAAAAUCGACAGACAAUACCAGCCUCUCUUCUUCAUCUCCCUCGUCUUCAUCUGCAUCCUCUCCAGACCCGAACCCAGACGAAAGUACAGACGGCCUGCCAGCCGCACAAACGUACUCCAGUACCAUAGCGCCUUCAAAACGUAAACGCUCGGCUUCUCCUUCGACCACCAAGAAAGCCGCGAAGAAAAUCAAUGCACCCUUUCAGCGGAUUGCAUCAGACACGAAGGUAGACUCAAGGUUCGCAUCGAACGCCUAUCAGCCAUAUGAAUAUGCGGACCGCGCACAUCAGGAUCUCAGUAUUACACGGGGUCGAGAUUUCACGAAGGAGAAAAACAAGAAGAAACGAGGAAGCUAUCGAGGAGGGCCGAUUGAUGUGAACGGAGGGAAAGGUGUCAAAAUUGACGAUUGA